GCACCAUGCUCAUCCGCUCUACCCUCGGUGCCUCGUUCGGUGUCAUCUUCUCCGUCCUCCUCUUCAAGCGCCGCGCAUGGCCCGCAUUCGUCGGCUUUGGUUUCGGUGCCGGUAGAGCCUGGGAGGAGUGCGACAACAGCUUCAAGCGCGCCGCUGCCCCCACCAGAGACGGUCUGAGAACCAUGAGACAAUAAACGCUUCGCUGAAGCCCGCCCCCUUCUUCCUACGCCUGUGUCUAAUUCUCAAAAUCGAACCUUUUUCCUACUACUCGCUGCACUGAGCAUAUCAAAAUAAAGUCGCAAAACUCGUUGGCAUUGUUACAAAAUUCAGAAUCUUUGAGAAGACCAUUUCGGGCUACAGGACUUUAAACCUUCUCAUGAACAUCGUAACUUUGUAGGCUGUACUCUCCUAAACUCCUCCAGAUCCAGACGCAUCCCAUACCUCCGUUGCAGCACUUUGGGAAAUAUAGCCUCUUACAAUUGCAGCUCACUGUGCUCUAC